CUGACUGUCCGCCAUUUUGUCCGCCGCUCCGGCUUUUACCUCAGAAAAGCGCCGGUGGGGCGGGAGGCGAGAAAAAGGAAAAGGGGAGCAGGUGGGCAAGUGGCGGCACUCUUUCCAGCCCGCGGGAUGUGAUCCGCCGCCGACCCCCCUUUUUCUGCCUGCGCCCUGACUCCUGUGGCGUGUCUUCCUUUCUAGGCGGAACACUGCCUUCUUUUUCCAUUUAGUUUGGCUUCUCCCGCUCCGGCGGUUCUCCCUCUCCGCGAUGGCGCUGAAGAUGGUGAAGGGGAGCAUCGACCGCAUGUUUGACAAGAACCUGCAGGACCUGGUGCGGGGCAUCCGCAACCAUAAGGAGGACGAGGCAAAGUACAUCUCUCAGUGCAUUGAUGAGAUCAAACAAGAGCUGAAGCAGGAUAAUAUUGCUGUGAAGGCAAAUGCUGUUUGCAAACUCACCUAUUUACAGAUGCUGGGCUAUGAUAUUAGUUGGGCGGCAUUCAACAUCAUUGAAGUCAUGAGUGCAUCCAAGUUCACUUUUAAAAGGAUCGGAUAUUUGGCUGCCUCUCAGUGCUUUCAUGAAGGGACAGAUGUUAUCAUGCUGACAACUAACCAGAUCCGAAAGGACCUGAGUAGCCCCAAUCAGUAUGAUACUGGAGUUGCACUGACAGGUUUGUCCUGUUUUGUGACUCCUGAUCUUGCUAGAGAUUUGGCAAAUGACAUCAUGACUCUGAUGUCUCACACAAAGCCUUACAUCAGGAAGAAGGCAGUGUUAAUCAUGUACAAAGUGUUCUUGAAAUACCCUGAAUCCCUUCGACCUGCAUUCCCCCGCCUUAAGGAGAAACUGGAAGACCCAGAUCCUGGUGUUCAGUCAGCUGCUGUGAAUGUUAUAUGUGAGCUAGCCAGACGCAAUCCAAAGAAUUAUCUUUCCCUUGCUCCACUCUUUUUUAAACUGAUGACAUCAUCCACCAACAACUGGGUCCUAAUUAAAAUUAUAAAAUUGUUUGGUGCUCUCACCCCUUUGGAACCCAGGCUAGGAAAGAAAUUAAUAGAACCCCUGACCAAUCUAAUCCAUAGCACUUCGGCCAUGUCACUCCUCUACGAGUGUGUGAACACAGUGAUAGCAGUGUUAAUCUCUCUUUCCUCGGGAAUGCCCAACCACAGUGCAAGCAUCCAGCUCUGUGUUCAGAAGCUGAGGAUACUGAUAGAAGACUCAGACCAAAACUUGAAGUAUUUGGGAUUGCUGGCAAUGUCCAAAAUCUUGAAAACACACCCUAAAUCGGUACAGUCUCAUAAAGAUCUCAUUCUCCAGUGCUUGGACGAUAAGGAUGAGUCCAUCCGCCUCCGAGCCUUGGAUCUUCUGUAUGGAAUGGUGUCCAAGAAGAACUUGAUGGAAAUUGUAAAGAAGCUGAUGAUCCAUGUGGACAAAGCUGAAGGAACAACUUACAGGGAUGAGCUGCUGACCAAAAUCAUUGAUAUAUGUAGCCAGUCCAAUUACCAGUACAUCACAAACUUUGAAUGGUACAUCAGCAUCCUAGUGGAGCUGACACGGCUGGAAGGUACAAGGCACGGCCACCUCAUCGCCUCCCAGAUGUUAGAUGUGGCGAUCCGAGUAAAGGCUAUCCGCAAAUUUGCUGUGUCACAGAUGGCCAUGCUUCUGGACAAUGCUCACCUGCUGGCCAGCAACACACAGAGGAACGGAAUCUGUGAGGUGCUAUAUGCUGCAGCUUGGAUAUGUGGAGAGUUCUCAGAACACCUCGAAGAACCCUACCAGACCCUUGAAGCCAUGCUGCGGCCUAAAGUGACCACGCUUCCAGGCCAUAUCCAAGCAGUGUAUGUCCAAAACAUGGUGAAGCUUUAUGCCUCAAUUCUGCAGCAAAAGGAACAGGCUGGUGAGAAGGAAGUGGCCCAGGAGGCAACCCAGAUGAUGAUUGACCGUCUGCCUCAGUUUGUGCAGAGCGCGGAUCUUGAAGUCCAGGAGAGGGCUUCCUGCAUCCUCCAGCUCAUGAAGUACAUCCAGAAGCUUCAGAUCAAAGAGGUCCCUGUGGCUGAAGAAGUGACUGCCUUAUUUGCUGGGGAGCUUAACCCUGUAGCACCUAAAGCUCAGAAGAAAGUUCCAGUUCCAGAAGGUUUGGAUCUCGAUGCUUGGAUCAAUGAGCCACCUUCAGACAGUGACUCUGAAGAUGAAAAACCAAGGACCAUAUUCCAUGAUGAAGAGCAAAGGCACUCAAAGCAACGGCAGCCUGAAAUGGAUGAGGAGGAGCUGGCCAGGCGCCGAGAAGUUAGGAAACAGGAACAGGCAAACAAUCCAUUUUACAUUAAAAGUUCUCCAUCUCCACAAAAGAGGUACCAGGAUAGCCCUGGUGUUGAGCACAUACCUGUGGUUCAGAUUGAUCUCUCUGUUCCUUUAAAAGUUCCUGGCUUACCAGCAUCUGACCAGUAUGUAAAGCUGGAAGAGGAGCGUCGGCACCAGCAGAAGCUGGAGAAGGACAAGAAGAAAAAGAAGCAGAAGAAAGAAAAAUGGGGCAAGAACCGUCGCCACAGUUCCCUACACACAGAGAGCGAUGAGGAUAUUGCUCCUGCCCAGCACGUGGAUAUUAUCACAGAGGAGAUGCCAGAAAAUGCUCUGCCCAGUGAUGAGGAUGACAAGGAUCCAAAUGAUCCCUACAAGGCACUAGAUAUUGAUUUAGAUAAGCCUUUAACAGAUAGCGAGACGCUUCCUGUGCAGAGGCAUCGAAAUGCUGAUAACCUUAAAUCUCCUCAAGAAACGCAAGCCCCCCCAGUUGAAAAGAAAAGCAAGAAGCCAAAAAAGAAGGAAAGGAAACACAAAGAGAAAGAGAGAGAAAAAGAAAAGAGAAAAGACCGAGAAAGAAAAACAGAUGAAGAAGACAAAAAGCCUCAAGACAUGGACCUGUGGCUUUCUGAUACCCCACCACCUGUUGCUGCUGUGGAGGCAAAGCAGAAUCUGCCUGAAGUGAGUGUAGACCCAGCAGAACCUGAAGAAGCUAAGAAAGAGGAGGAACUUCAGGAGGAAGAUGAAGGAAAGAAAUCCAAGCAUAAAAAGAAGAAGCAUAAGAAGGAGGAAAAAUCUAAGGAGAAGAAGCUCCCAAAACAUCAUGACCGAGGGGAGGAGCCGCAGAUGGAAUCUGUGCAGAACGGAACGCUGGAGGAAGAGCCGCUGCCACCUAUGUCAAGUUAUAGCCUCCUUGCUGAAAAUCCAUACAUUAAAAUGACCUAUGAUAUCCAGGGGAACCUCCAGAAUGAUAGCCAGGUUACUGUUUCUGUGAUCUUUGAGAAUAAGAGCAGCAGUUUCCUGAAGUGCAUGGAGCUGAAUGUUUUGGACUCUCUGAAUACUAAAAUGCUGCGGCCAGAAGGAUCCUCCAUCCACGAUGGGAUACCUAUCCCUUUUCAGCUGCCUCCUGGAGUCUCAAAUGAAACCCAGUUUGUCUUCACCCUGCAGAGUAUUGCCAUGGCACAGAAACUAAAAGGGACCUUGUCAUUUAUAAUCAAAGACGAUGAAGGCUCAACACAUGAAAAGUUAGACUUCAAACUGUUCUUCAGUUGUGCCUCUUACCUUAUUACGACGCCCUGUUACAGUGAUGCUUUUGCCAAGCUGUUGGAGUUGGGGGACUUGCAUGCCAGCUCAGUCAAAGUUGAUGGCAUUACCAUUCCUUUCCAUCACCUCCUGGCAAAAAUUUGCUUCCACCAUCAUUUCUCUGUUGUUGAACGUAUGGGGGCCUGUGCAUCCAUGUAUAGCCGUUCUAUCCAGGGCCAUCAUGUCUGCCUACUGGUGAAAAAGGGAGAAAACUCGGUGUCCAUCGAUGGAAAAUGUGAUGAUUCAACCUUUUUGGGAAACCUGCUGUCAGAACUCAAAGAGACCCUGUCAAAAUGUUGAGUGUGCUCAGAAGCAGGCGCAGUCCCCCGUCCUUCUGGCCCUCCACGAAAGCAGCACCCUGAGACUCACAGACUGAAACCAGUGGAGUGUUCGAUUUCUCUCCUUCUGCGCACAUGUUUGAUCUCCCAGGGCAUGUGUUUUCCAUUUCCUCUCCAUUCUGGGUUGUGGUGUUCGUUUUUUGUCUUUUGUUUUAAUUUUGUUCCAGUUUACACAUCUUAGGACUGUGCUCUCCCCUCUCCUCUAUUUUGAACGGUUUGACCGUCUUUGGAGUUAACCAUUUCCAUAGCAAAGAAAUCCCUGUUUGUAUUGACAUCUUGGCAAGGAGAACAGGGGAGAGAGUUACGGAAUCCAUAUUGGAAACCCUUCAGGAACAGCAUCGCUGGGUGUGCUUGCCCAUGCAGGACUCACUCUGGGGUGUGAGCGGAUCGAUUCCAUUUAUCAUUUUAAACUGCCCGUGCUAAAGGAGGAAAAGGUCAGAAUGUCUCUCCUCUGUAACCAACUGGGAUGUGUAAUCCCUCCUUCCCUAAGGCUGUUCCAGAGCAUUUCCUGCUGCCCCAGGCUGGGACUGGUUAAUCCUCUCCCAUCUUGGUGGAUUCCCACAGGAAUGUUUGAAGUCCAAUGCAAUAUCUCAUUCGUGGAAUUACAAAGGGUAGCCUAAUUAAAAGUCCAAAGUCACUGUGCCUGUGUGGGUUUGGGGAUUCUGUGAUUAUUUUCUUUCUUCUGUGUUAGGUUGAGCAAUCCCAGGGUAGAGCCAAUCUCCCAUUCCCAGCUUUUACAAAGCCUACUCUUAAGCAGAUGGACACAAACCUAGUGACAAAUUGGUUUUGAAAGUAUCCUCAGACCAGAGCCGCAGCCGGUGGUUUCUUUUUUUUUUCAAACUUUCCUUUUUUCCCUCGGCAAGAUUGGAAGAUAUUAGUGAUUAUCUAUUACAGAUUGGGUGGAACACCUUGAUUGCUGUUAAAAGGCAAUGAGAAAUUGCUCCAUGGCAGCCCAUAACUUUUUUUUUUUUUAAAUUCUCCCACAAUGAAACUUCACUAUUGGACAUUCUAAACACUGAUAUUUAGAAUCCUGAAUUUGGGAGUCCGGGGGGAGGGAGAGUGGGGGGAGGAGAGGAUGGAACAGGCAGAACCCUUUGGUCUCUGGCUUGCUUUAUAUCCUCUAUGUUUCGAGACUUUGGUGCCUCAAUAUUCUUCUGUGUGGUCAGGGGUCUUUUUUUUUAAUAUCAGUAAUUAGGUCUGUUGGGAGCAGAGCUGCAAGAUUUACUGAGAAUAAUUUAGCAUCUCUCCCAAUAUUGCAGCAGAUGUUGGUGAAACAGUUAUUGAAAGGAGUGAGGCGGGAGGGUGUUAUUCGUUGACUUUUUGUGGAUUAGUGCAGAUUUUGUUUGGGGGACAAAUCUGCGCAUAUUCAAAAAUGUCUUAAAGGGCAAAUGCUCCUUGGAGUUAGUGGAUUUUAAAUAUAUAUAUCUAUAUAUAUAUAUAUUCCUGGAUGAAAACUUGUCACUUUAGCAUGUAGAGUCUGUUCUCUUACAGAACCCUGUGCAGUGAUUCUAAAACCUUCUGAAAAUUGUACAAUAUGUUAUGUUUAAAAAAACAACUUAUUUACUAUCGACAUUCCCCCACAAAACACAUACCACAAAGCUGCUGUAAGAAUUUUUUGUGUCAAGACGAUCGAAUAAAAUUUCAAAACUUACAGAA